AUGAGUGAGGUCCCCCACCCCCAGGUUCCCUAAUUCAUCACAACACACUUCGCUUGCUUGUUCUCACCUGUCAUAGGCUGUGGACAAUCAAGAUACUGACUGACCAGAUUGCCAGAUUAUGAGUUAAGCCAAAAUAUCGUUCGAACUCGCGUUGAGUCGUCCCGUCGAUUGACCUACCCAAUCGUGAUGGCCCAAUCAUCCUCUCAAGCCUAGCGCAACUCUUCCACAUCGCCGUUCACCACUUCUACUUCAACUGGAAUCGUGGUAUCUAGAGAUCCUGCCCUCUGGUCUGCCCAGCCCGCUCGGGGAUGUAUCUUGGUCUAUUUACACAGCUCCGGCGUCACACAGCAAACAGGAUCUUUUUCACACGGCCGAUCGUCCGGGCGCAUCGCUUUACGUUAUGAUCUAUCGCUUUUACAUCUUGAUCCGUUUUAUGUACAUGACGUCUCACUUGUGCCCAUCAAGCGCCGGCACACCUUUUCGGACCACGACUUACCUACACCCCCUCGGAGUUCCAUUCCACUGCCGCAUACGUAUCCGCAAUUCAAUCAACGUUCAUGAAAACUUUCGGUACCCGCACGGCCAAGAGAGAACACGCCAUUCAUGGCGCUCCAAAAUCUCAAACAAGCUGCUCAUGAUGCAAAAAAAGAUGUUCAACAGUCACACCGGCCUAUCUUUGACCUUAAUCAACUUCAAAAUUUGAAACAGCAUUCAUUACGUUCGAAGCUAUCUGGCCUUUUCUUGUACUAUGAACAACCGUCAGGAGAGCCUCUGCAGCAUUCAUCAACAGACUGGACUCUGCGAUGUACUGGUAUGCAAAGCUGCAUGGAUGGAAUUUUGAAGUGGUACGGUUAAUGAGGAAUCUGCAAGCCGUCACGCGAGACAAUCUGGUCGUUUAUCUGUCGGGCCACUCGUCAUUUCAAUCAACGUGGCUUUGUAUACCAUCAUGCGUAUCAGCUCAAAGUGUUUUUCAAUUUCGCUCCAGCACCUCGAUUGAGAUGUAUCACGAUCGCAGUACGUAUCUCAGCAUUGCGUAAUAUCGUACACACGAUCACUCAGAAAGUGCUGAAAUCCGGGAAUCCAUAGCAGAUGUGCAUCCACACGGGCCCAUAGCACAGGACACUUCAUCCUACUUCACCAUUCAUGUCGAAAUUGGAACCGAUUGAUCACUAGUGAGCUUAACUCAAUAACAAACGAAGAACCAGCCGUUUUUCAAGGUCUUCCGAGUUGAUGCAAAGCGCGUGGCUCGGGGUAUAUGAACGUGUCCCGAAUCAAUAUUUCCAUUGUCUCCUCAUCACUUCCCCAUAUCAUUCCCACUGUUGCAUACCAACAAUCCCCCCUUUUUGCAAGUUUGGUUACCCAUCCAUGUCUCCCGACUCAACGUAUAAUAGGGUCUUUUCUGGCAAAAACGCACUGUUGAACUAUUAUGAUCCAGAUCAUAACUUACCUACGCCGAUGGUCGAGCUGCCCGACCAUCCUUACACCGCCGAUGGGGUACGGAUUUACGCCAAAAUGAUGAAUUUUCUUCCCGCUGGCAAUGUGAAAUCCUUGCCAGCCCUUAACAUGAUUCAACAAGCUUUUCACGAUAAAGAAAUCGAUGAACGAACAAGCUCAAUUGUAGAGUUUAGCUCGGGCUCGACUGCCCUUUCGCUGGGAAUUAUCUCGAGAAUGAUGGGUAUUGAUCGGGCUGAAAUCUAUCUCAGCAACAAAACCACUCAAACCAAAAUUAACAUGUUGCGUCUGUUUGGUCUCGAGCUCACCGUAUUUGGUGGCCCCGCCCAACCCGAAAUGAAUGAUCCUGUUGGCGGUAUUGCAGCGGCUAAAGAGUGUGGUUUGAAACCCGGUUGCUUCAACCCUAACCAAUACGAAAAUCCUGCUAAUUUCGGGGCUCACAUCAGAUGGACGGGUCCUCAAAUCUACAAACAGUUGCCCCAGAUUAAAGUAAUUGCAGCACCAGCAGGCACUACAGGAACUUUGACUGGGACAGCUACCUAUUUGAGAAGUGUAAAACCUGAUAUUAUCGCUGUGGGGGCUUUCACCACUCCUGGAGAGCGUAUUCCUGGUCCACGCACUCUGGACUUGAUGAGAGAGGUUAAUUUUCCCUGGAAGGGUGUGACCGACGAAAUCGUUGAGAUAGGAAGUCGGGAGGCGUAUGAUAAUUCCAUGCUGUUAUGUCGAAUGGGCAUCGUUGUUGGUCCAUCAUCUGGCAUGUCUUUGGCUGCGGUUUAUUCUUUGCUGGAGCGUCGCAAGUCACAAGGCUCGCUGGACGAGCUUCGUGAUGAAGAAGGUCAAAUUACCUGCGUCUUCUUAUGCUGUGAUUUUCCAUUCCAAUACAUCGAUGAGUACAUUCAAAAGUGUUCGACGGAAUUGUUUCCUCCAAUUCACAAUCAGGAACUGCUGAAAAUCGAUCUGAAUCCGUAUUUGUCUGAUUGGGAGUUGGAGCCUUUGGAGGCCAACGACAUGAUUUCUGGACUCGGCGACUCUGUCAAAGAAGCUCUGCUGCUCGAUUUUCGAAAUCCACUCGCAUUCAACCAAUCAUCAAUUCUGAACUCGGUCUCAAUAGACGUCGGACUAGGACUCGCCGAUCCGAAUCCCUUCAGCAGUGUGAUUCAACUGACUGAACUACACCGACAACUCGAUAUGUGCUUCCAACCACCUAAUGGCAAGUUGUUUAGAGCGCUUGGGGCUUUGGCCGGUCGUCAGGUGAUUGCCAUUUGCCAAAAUGGGACUGCCUGUAGGACUGCAACAAGUGUGAUGAGGUCCAAAGGAAUCGAGGCUUACUGUAUUAUUGGUGGGUUUGAUGCCUGGCAUCGUGCUGGUUUACCCUUGGACACUCGUGGCAUGGAUGAUUCUCCCUCCUGGCCUCUUCUUAAGGACUUCGGGCGCUUUCUUUCAUCAACUGUUGUUUCAGUCCUCCAAACGUUGCAUUAGUUUCAAACCCCAACAUCCCUGACUCAAGACAACCAAUUUCAUUUUUUUUAUCAUUGAUUGGUAUUUUUUUUCUUCAUCACUGAUUGAUUUUUUUUUCUUCAUCAUCGAUUGGUUGGGUUUUUACUUCAAACUUUCCCUGCUCUUUACAUCCAUCUAACCGCUCAUUAGCAAAUAGACGCUAUUCAAAGCACCCGGUCACAUUCCCUAGUGAACUCAAAGCAUGGUUAGG